AUGAAUUAUCAAAAUAAUGUUCCUUCUAGCGAACAGUCGGGUGCUCCUAGUAUUCCUAGCGAAACCUAUCCUGGUCAUUAUCAUGUUCACCAAAGCUCAAACAUUCCGAUUAAUAUUGUCAAUAAUAACAAUACACCUGAACCGGAUCCAAAUGGUAAUAGUAAUAAUUUGGAUCGACAUGACAAAAGAUUGUUUUUUAUUACUGUUGUUGAAAUUUUAACGUAG